AUGAAACGAGAUUUGAACGAAGUGCGCCAAUUACUUGAUAAAUCGAAAUCUGACCAAAAACUAUUGCAUGACAACAUCAUUGAUUUGCAGUGUCGUUCGAUGCGGGACAAUUUAUUAUUCUUUGGUAUCAACAAAACCAGGCUAGAAAAUGGUUCUACGGAAAAUACACUGGAUAUUAUAAAAAGUUUUAUUCGUGAAACUAUGCAUAUUGAGUCGGAUGUUUGCAUAUUGGAUGCCCACAGGUUCGGAACCUCAAGAAACGGCAGGCCAAGGCCGAUAGUGGCUAGAUUCAAAAACCUCACUGAUCGUGAAAACGUGAAGAAAUCAUCGCGUGUUUUGAAGGGAUCGGACUUCUUUGUUUCGGAGCAAUUUCCAAAAGAAGUGAACGACACUCGUAAACUGCUAGCUCCCUAUAGGAGAGAAGCCGUCCUAGCUGGCAAACGUGCAGUCAUGAACAGAGACAAGCUCUAUAUCGAAGGAGUUCUCUUCCGGCAACCGCCGAGUUCGCGCGAUUCAAGCAACACUGUUAACACUACUCACGGUACAGGUGCAUCUACAAGCCGAGCUGAUGAAUAG